GAUCCAAAGUAGGGUGUGUGGGUGUGGGUGUGGGUGUCUGGGUGGGUGAGUCGUUUUGCCCGUCGAUUUUCGAGGGCAACGGGCGGGUUUCCGGGUCUAUAGGGCUGGAACCACUAACGGGCCUGAAGGACUUGCUUGGGGGGGGGGGGCGCGCUCGCGUGUGUUGGAGUGUUGGAGUGUACUGUGUGAGUUGUGCUCCACUUGGCUGCUGCUGCCUUGUCUUAUCGACCCCGUCGAGACGCAGGAGAUCUGGUUCUGUGAGACCCAACCAGCCGCGACUCUGCCCUGUAAUACUGCGGAUUGGUUGUUCAGGGACGUAACCUGACGAUCUGCCAAGCUAAGGCUGAGCCCCUCGGGUGUGUUUUGUGUGGGCUGUUUGUUGUCCAGCGACAAUGCGCAACCGUGAUUUUGACUGGGUAUUGGAAAGGGAGGCGACGAAAAGGGUGGAUGAGGAGGAGGAAAACAGAGACAGAGAGAGGGAGAUGGGGAUGGAUAGUAUGGGAUCUGAAAGUGGAAGGUAUACUUGUAAAUCUUGGAAGCGAAGGGCAAGUUAGGGCGGGCGAGGAUGACGAGAGGCAAAGAUAUGUGCGCGGUGCCAAGUUCCUCGUCUUGAAGAUUGUUAGAGAAAAUCCAGGAACCACACAUCAAGUGCAAAGCCACAAUUACAC